AUGCUCUCCCGGAACUCGGCUCGCACCGCCCAGCGCGUGCUCAGGGCCGCCGCCCAGUCCCAGCAGCGCCUGAAUGUUGCGCGCGGCUUCGCUAGCAUCGCCGAUGCUCCCUCCCAGACCGUCCAGUCCGACAUCUUCAAGCCGACCAAGUAUGGUGGCAAAUACACUGUCACCCUCAUUCCUGGUGAUGGUAUCGGUGCCGAAGUUGCCGAGAGCGUUAAGACAAUCUUCAAGGCCGACAAUGUCCCUAUUACCUGGGAGCAAAUCGAGGUUUCCGGUCUCGAUGAGGGCAUGACCGCUGCCCGCCGAGAGGAGAAGUUCCAGGAGGCUGUCGCUUCGCUCAGGAGAAACAAGCUGGGCCUGAAGGGCAUCCUGCACACGCCUAUCGACCGGUCCGGCCACCAGAGCUUCAACGUGGCUAUGCGCCAGGAGCUCGACAUCUAUGCCUCCAUCUCGCUGAUUAAGAACAUUCCUGGUCUCAAGACACGCCAUGAGAACGUCGACCUCGCCAUCAUUCGUGAGAAUACCGAGGGCGAGUACAGCGGUCUCGAACACCAGAGCGUCCCAGGUGUCGUUGAGUCCCUCAAGAUCAUCACUCGCGCCAAGUCUGAGCGCAUCGUCAAGUUUGCCUUCAGCUUCGCGCUUGCCAACAACCGCAAGAAGGUCACUUGUAUCCACAAGGCCAACAUCAUGAAGCUUGCCGACGGUCUUUUCCGUGGAACCUUCCAGCGUUUGGCCAAGGACUACCCCCAGCUUGAGUGCAACGACAUGAUUGUCGACAACGCCUCCAUGCAGUGCGUCAGCAAGCCCCAACAGUUUGAUGUCAUGGUCAUGCCCAACCUGUAUGGUGGCAUUCUGUCCAACAUUGCUGCUGCUCUCGUUGGCGGCCCUGGUGUUGUCCCUGGCUGCAACAUGGGCCGUGACGUCGCUGUCUUUGAGCCCGGCUGCCGUCACGUCGGUCUCGACAUCAAGGGCAAGGACCAGGCUAACCCCACCGCCCUGCUGCUUAGCGGCACCAUGCUGCUGCGCCACCUUGGCCUUGAUGACCACGCCAACCGCAUUUCCAACGCGGUCUAUGAUGUGAUUGCUCAGGGCAAAGUUCGUACCCGCGAUAUGGGGGGCAACGCCAGUACCCACGAGUUCACUCGUGCUAUUCUGGACUCCAUGGAGAAGGCUCUUUAA